CACAAUGUCGCACACUGACGCGCAGACCGCGCAAAACAUCGCAUACCAGGAGAAGGCGGUCGCGACGCACAGCGAGCGCGAGGUGGAAGCCGGCCCCGGCUUGGACGAGCACGUCGUGGAUCCCCGCGCUGAACGCAGGCUGCUGCUCAAGCUCGACCUCCUCAUUGUGCCGCUCACGGCGCUGCUCUACCUCUCGGCGUUCCUCGACCGCGGGAACAUUGGUAACUCGAAGCUACUCGGCCUCCUCAACAUCCUCCACGGGAACAAGGAUACCCAGUUCAGCAUCGUCCUGACGGCGUUCUACAUCACCUACAUUGUGUUCAACAUCCCCGGCAACAUCCUCGGCUCGGUGAUCAAGCCGAACCACGCGCUCGCCCUCGGGGCAUUCACGUGGUCUGUCGCGUCGACCGCCAUGGCCGGCGCGAACAGCUUCGGCGGCGUGGUCGUGUGCCGCCUGUUCAUCGGGCUCGGCGAGGCGGGCUUCGGCGCCGCAGUGCCCCUGUACUACGGCCUGUGGUACCGCCGCGACGAGGUCGCGAAGCGCAUCAGCUGGUACAUUGGUGCUGGGAGCCUUGCCGGCGCAUUCGGCGGUCUGAUCGCCUUUGGCGUGAGCUACAUCCACUCGCACAUUGCUGCGUGGCGUAUCCUCUUCCUCAUCGAGGGCCUACCGUCUGUCCUCCUCGCCGUCAUCAUCUUCUUCUUCCUUCCCAGCACGCCCGAGCGCUCGAGCUACAUCACGCCGGUCGAGCGCACCAUCAUACACACGCGGCUCCGCGACGCCGGCGUGUCCCACGCCCACACGUUCGACCGAUCGGCCCUUGCACACGUCUUCAAGACGCCGACGACCUACCUCAACUGCCUCGUGUAUCUCGGAUUGAACCUGAGUCUCGGGUCAGUCUCUGGAUUCCUCCCGACAAUCAUCAAGACCUUUGGCACAACUUCGAAUGCCCGGGCUCAGCUACUCACUGUUCCUCCCUAUGCCGUCGCGUUCGUCGGUACUCUGACGGCAUCGUACCUCUCCGACCGCCUCCGAAAGCGCGGUAUCUUCGUCGUUAUCCUUAUGCUCCUCAGCGCGGUCGGCUUCGCCAUCCUCAUCGGCGUCCCGCACCACAGCGGCGCGCGGUACUUUGCCACGUUCCUCGUCGUCCUCGGCGCGUUCAGUAACAUCCCGCUCAUGCUCUCAUGGGCGGCCAACACGGCAGGCAGCCACUCGGCUGCGGCUGUGCGCCUCGGAUUCAUGAAUUCCGUUGGGCAGUGUUUCUCCAUCCUCGCUGCGUUCGUCUUCCCCUCGACCGAAGGACCACACUGGUACAAGGGCUUCGGGCUCAACCUCGCCUUCAACGUCGUGGCGGCGAUCACAGCCGCGUACCUCUCAUUCUACUAUGCGCGCGAGAAUGCCAAGCGCGACGUGGCAGAGGCGGCAGCGGCAGAGGGGGGUGCCCAGGACGAAAAGGCCGCCCCGUGGGCAGGCGAGGACGUCCCUGCCAACCUGCAUGACCAGGCACCCGGGUUCCGGUACUAUGUGUAG